UCUCCAAAUGAUUAUUCAGACUCAGGAAGAGAAAGAGGGAGAGAAAGGAGUACUCCAUACACAGAGCUUUGCCCACUUUAAAACAGCAUCCUCUCAAAAACACAGAGAUUCUUAGCUGGAGGGAUCUAACAGACAGUUAAACAAUAAUAAGGAUCAAGAGUGGUGAAAAAGAAAAUUGUGGAGAAGGUUCCUGUAACUUCAGGGAGGCAAGAGGGAAGUUGCUGCUAAAAAUCAGCCAACCAACAACCUCCCCCACCAGAAACUGAGUCUGAAUUCUCCUCAAGUGAAAGUGAAACAACUAAAGGAGUGAAAGUGUGUGCGAGAGGCAGAGUGUUUGAAAUGUGUGUGUGUGUGUGCUGUGCAUGUAGGUGAGACUCCAGUGCGUGUAGAAAGAGCAUGAUCCACUCCCCAGAGCCCCCUGCAGCUGGCUGGAAGGCUGUUGGUGAAGAAGACCAUGAGCCCUGACUGCAUGGCUGUCCCCCAGCAGCUUCCAGAUCCUCAGCUCCCCUCUAACAAGCUUCACAGAGCAGACAGCUGCUGAAAAGCCCAAAGGAAAAAAGCACAGGAUCACUAUGGGAAAUACCUCUGGCCUUUCUUGAGACCCGGAGCAAGAGAAAGGUGUUUUGACCAAAGGGAAGCAACAGCAGGGACUUGGAGCUCCCUCCACUGUCACUGCCAGAAGUUUUAGCCAAUCAAAUGCACCCUGACAAUAAACUGACCAAUCAUGGAAAGACAAGUAACAGCGGCACCCAGUCUCAGCACCAUAAUGUGAGCCAAGGACCCACCUGCAACCUGGGGUCUAAGGGCGUGGGGGCGGGAAAUCAUGGCAGCAAAGCCAAUCAGAUUUCUCCUGGCAACUCUGGACUGAAAAACAGCCAGAACGCUGUCCCAAACUUUGGGUCCUUGAAGGGCAAAGUGAAACGGGAACGAAGCAUCUCGGUGGACUCAGGAGAGCAGCGGGAAGCCAGCACCCCCUCACUGGACACGGAAUUGAAAGGUGAGGUGGCUCCCCGCAGCAAGCGUCGGUGUGUGCUGGAGAGGAAACAGCCAUACAGCGGGGACGAAUGGUGCUCAGGCCCGGACAGCGAGGAGGACGACAAACCCAUCAGCAGCACACACAACUGUAAUGUAGCAGAUCCUGCAAUGUCCACAGCCCCGCAGCUUGGUCCUGGGUCCAACCCGCUGCCGAACCUGAAUGAGACCAGUUCUUCCAAUGCACCACAUGGCGCUGCUCCUGGCCUGCGACCCGAUGCUGGGGGCAGUGGAGGUGGUGGUGCCGGAAAGCAGCCUUCCCAGUUUGUUUACGUCUUCACCACUCACCUUGCUAACACUGCCGCAGAAGCCGUCUUGCAGGGGCGAGCAGACUCCAUCCUGACCUAUCAUCAGCAGAAUGUACCCCGGGCAAAGCUAGACCAGGCUCCGACUCCCAAGGUACUGGGAGUCACCGAGCAACUGCCAGUUAACCCACCUGCCUCCAGCACUCCACAGUCCCAGCCCCCAGCAUCGCAGGGCAACCAGGCACAGCCUCAGCCCCCCCCAGCACAGCCCCCCCCACCCCAAAGCAUCAGUCAGCAAGCUCUGCCUGCACCAACUACCCUACCCCAGGAAGGGACGGGAGAGGACAUUCGGCGGGACCUGACUCCCAACUCUGUGGGAAAUAGCAGCGGCAGCACCCAGCCAGGGAGCAACCACCCCAACACGCCCAACGCCUCCACCAACCCGAUGCAGCCUGGGCAGGUGGACUCUUCUAGUGCUUCCAGCUCUAACUUACUGGGGGAUGGUACCAGUGCUGGGGCAGGCGGAAAUGGGCAGGUAGUGCUGGGCCCCAGGAACCCCAUGAACUCAGAGGGGCUCUCUAAGGAGCAGCUGGAGCACCGGGAACGCUCCCUGCAGACCCUGCGGGACAUUGAGCGCCUGCUGCUGCGCAGCAGUGAGGCCGAGCCCUUCAUGAAGUCCAACCAAAGUGCUGGUGAGGGUGGCCCCACUCCCCAGUCGCAGGCCCCACUCACCCAGCCACCCCUCCCACCUGCGGGCAUGAAGAAGUAUGAAGAGCCCCUGCAGUCCAUGAUUUCUCAGACGCAGAAUCUGGGGGGCCCCAACUUGGAGCAUGAGGUCCCCCACCACCCAGGCUCUGACAUGGGGCAGCAGAUGAACAUCAUGAUGCAGCGGCUGAACCAGGACAGCCUGACGCCAGAGCAAGUGGCCUGGAGGAAGCUGCAGGAGGAGUAUUAUGAGGAGAAGCGGCGGAAGGAGGAGCAGAUCAGCAUCCAUGGUCGACCCAUGCAGGAGAUGAUGAUCCCACAGUCCAUGGGUGGCAUGAUGAUUCGGGGGCCGCCACCACCCUAUCACAGCAAACCUGGGGAGCCGUGGCCUCCAGGGAUGGGCAACCAGCUAAGGGGGCCCAUUGAGGUCCAGGACCCCAUGCAGAUGAGGGGAGCACCCCCCUUCCCAGGGCCAAGGUUCCCUGGAAAUCAGAUGCAGAGGGUCUCUGGCUUUGGCGGGAUGCAGAAUGUGCCCAUGGAUGCCCUUGGGCCCAUGAAUGCUAUGCAGCGGCCAGUCAGGCCUGGCAUGGGAUGGAAUGAUGAUAUGCCUCCAAUAGGAGGCCCAGGGAACUUUCCACAAGGGAGCCUGCCCUAUCCUUCAGGGCAAGGGGACCCUGAGCGGUUCAUGAACCCCCGAGCCAGGGAGGAGAUCCUGAGGCACCAGCUGAUGGAGAAGCGCCCGGUGGUGAUGCAGAGGCCCAUUGGGAUGUCUGGCAGCUCCAUGAGCCAAGGUUUGGAAAUGGAGAGGAUGAUACAGGCUCACAGGCAGAUCGACCCGUCCAUGUUUCCUGGACAGAUGCCAGGAGAGAGCCUAGGUGGCGCACCCAUAGGUAUGGACUUCACAGGUACCCGGGGGAUAUUGAGCCCACCCAUGAGCCAGUCGAGCCUCCGAGACAUGGAUGCGCCCAUGGGACCUGGGAACCUCAACAUGAACAUGAAUGUCAACAUGAACAUGAACAUGAACCUCAAUGUCCAGAUGACCCCACAACAACAGAUGAUGAUGUCGCAGAAAAUGAGGGGCCCUGACAUGAUAGGCCACCAGGGCAUCAGCCCUGAGGAUCUGGCCAGGGUGAGGGCUCAGAAUGGUAGUGGUGGCACAAUGAUGGGGGGGCCACAGAAGAUGAUGAUCCCCUCACAGUUCCCCAGCCAAGGGCAGCAAAGCUUCUCAGGCGGGCAGGGCCCCUAUCCCAGCAUGCCCCAGGAGAUGGGCAGUGCCCCAGACAUGUUCAGCCCUGAACAGGGUGCCAUGUCCAUUGGGAACAUCGGCGGCACCACCAGGCUCAGCCACAUCCCUUUGCCGCCAGCUUCCAAUCCCCCUCCCACCCAAGGGGGCAACCUAGCCAACAUGCACCCGGCACCCUCACGGGGGCUGGGCCGCAGGCCCUCCGACCUCACCAUCAACAUCACCCAGAUGAACUCCCCUGGCAUGGCCCACCUCAAGUCCCCAACGCUCAGCCAGGUGCACUCACCGCUUGUCCCCUCCCCAUCUGCCAAUCUGAAGUCUCCCCAGACGCCCUCGCAGAUGGUCAGCAUGCCACCUUCCAACCAGUCUGGGCCCCUGAAGUCGCCCCAGGUGAUGAGCUCCUCCCUCAACGUCAGGUCUCCCACCAGCUCACCAAGCCGCCUGAAGUCCCCUUCCAUGGCCGUUCCUUCACCCGGGUGGGUGCCAUCUCCCAAAACCACCUUGCCAAGUCCAGGAGUCAGCCAGAGCAAGCAGCCUAUCAGCAUGAAUUCGUCAGCUUCCAUGGGAGGGCUGGAUCAGGAUCCAUCCCCCUCCCAGAACCCCCUCUCGCUGAUGAUGUCACAGAUGUCCAAGUAUGCCAUGCCCAGCUCCACACCACUCUACCACAAUGCCAUCAAAACCAUCGCCACCUCUGAUGAUGAGCUGCUCCCAGACAGGCCUAUGCUCCCACCAGGAAGCAUGCCAGGUAUCACAGGAAAUCAGCCAAAUCAACUGCACUUGAACUCAGUGGGGCCUGCAUCCUCGCAGAGUCCCAUGGGGAUGAACUUGCCUGGCCAGCAGCCACUCUCCCAUGAACCCCCGACGUCCAUGAUGUCCUCGCCGAAUCCCCUGGGCGCCAACAUUCCGAUGCACCCUGGUGCGCAGGGGGCGGGUGUGCCCCCCCCAAAUCCCAUGAUGCUGCCUCCAGGGCCCCAGGACUCCUUGAACCAGCCCUGCGGCCCUGUGCCAAACAAUUCUCAGAUGAUCCCUUCCAACCAGCUGGUGUUCCCCCGCAUGCAGCAGCCCCACAAUGCCAUGCAGUCUCCAGCUGCGGGUAUGCCCAUGACACCAGGAGGUGGGGCUGGGAUGCAGCAACAUUACCCGCCCGGGAUGCCCUUGCCACCAGAGGACCUUUCCUCCCAGCAGCCUGGCCAGAUGCCCCCCCAGCAGCACAUGCUGGGCAAGAACAUCCCUCCUCGGAUUGGAGAUCCCUACCCCCCUGUGCUUCCGGGUGUGGCUUCAGUGCUGAAUGACCCUGAGCUCAGUGAGGUCAUCCGCCCCACACCUACGGGCAUCCCUGAGUUUGACCUCUCCAGGAUCAUCCCUUCAGAGAAGCCGAGCAGCACCUUGCAGUAUUUCCCCAAGAGUGACAGCCAAGCACCGAAAUCACAGCCUUCCAACCUCCACCUCAUGAACCUGCAGAACAUGAUGGCUGAGCAGCCACCCACGCGACCAGGCAUGAGCACCCCCAGCCUUCCAGGGCAGCAGGGCAUGCAGCGGGGACUCAACAUGUCUAUGUGCCACCCUGGACAGGUGUCCAUGCUGAGCAGGACAGGUAUGCCACCCCAGCAAGCCAUGAUGGGGAACAGCAUGCACCAGGGCAUGAUGUCCCCCCAGCAGAGUCUGAUGGCCCAGCAGAAUUUCAUGCUGAUGCAGGCUAAGCAGAGGAGCAUGUCUGUGUCAGGGGAAAUGUACGCCCAGUCGGGCCAUAUGAUGUCGCCUCAGGGCUCCCUCAUGGGGCCCCCACCUCAGCAGAACCUUAUGGUCACACACCAGAUGAGGCAGAGGAGUGUUUCACUGGACAGCCAAAUGAGCUACAUCUCCGGGCCUGGAAACAUGGCGAACCUGCCUUUCUAAUCAUGUCCUGAGGGGCAAGGGCCGAUUGUAGAAACUUUUUUUUUAAAACCUUUAUUUGGAUUAGGGUCGGGAGGCUGGGGCCUGUGGGGGUGCGGAGGGUUUUUCAUAUUGGAUUUGCCUCUAUAAGGAAAACCAGAUGUGCAGUAAAAUUGAUGUGAAUCCUUUUUGGGGGGCGGGGGUAUUAUUAUUUUUGAAACUCAAGUGGUGACCGGGGGCUUCCAGACCCUACGGCAGUUUGUAAAAUCUUCCUUUUUUUUUCCUCGUAGUGUGGGUUUUCUUUGUUUUUUGUUUUGUUUUAAAGAACAACCAAAAUGUACAACAAGAUUUUGAAUGAGCUGUAAAUAGGGCUGGGAAAGGCAGAAACUUGUGCUGGUUUUAAAUUGUCUGUAUUUCUGUGUUUUAA